GCCCUCCGGUGCACGGCCCAGGAAGACGAAACGGUCGCCGCGCCGCGCCGCGCCGCGCGGCAGCAUCCCCGGCCGGUGACACCUGACGCGCCACCGCACCACCGCGCCCCGGCUGCUGGUGGCACCCGCCUCGCCUUCCACGCGCGUGGCCGGCGACCGGCGACUUCUCCACCCGUCCCGCACGCCGAGCACCUGUUCCUUUUUCUUUUUAUCUCCCACUCCCUUUCCCCCCGAUUCCUUUCCCCGCCCGCCCCGCUCCACACUUCCAUUUCCCCCCAGGCCCCCCGCGACUGCUCCUCCACCGUCCUCCGCUCUCCCGCGGGCGCGCGCGGCGGGGGCCGCAACGACCCAGCUACGCAUCUAUCUGUGCUGGUUCAUCAAGGUGCUGAAAUGUCCUUUCUGUUCAAGUCAAGCAACAGUGGUACAACUGAGAAAGGCUUGUCCCUAGAAGAACAGCAAGAAAAAAUAAAUGAAUUACGCAAGGAGCUUGGUGAAUACUCAUCAGCAGCCAUUCAGGAUUUCCUUUCAGAUGCCUCGUUAUCGAGAUUUCUUCGAGCAAGGAACUGGAAUGUGCAGAAAGCUAGUAAGAUGAUGAAAGCAGCUGUGAAGUGGCGGCUCGCAUUCAAGCCAGAGAACAUUUGCUGGGCAGAUAUUGCACAGGAAGCAGAGACUGGAAAGAUAUAUAGGGCAGAUUACAAGGACAAACAAGGGAGAACUGUUCUUGUAUUGAGGCCUGGCUUAGAGAACACUACCUCAGCAACAGGGCAGAUCAAAUAUCUAGUUUACUCUCUGGAGAAAGCGAUUAUGAACCUAACAGAAGAUCAAGAGAAGAUGGUGUGGCUGACAGAUUUCCAGUGCUGGACAUUGGGAAGCACACCACUGAAGGUAACCCGUGAGACUGUCAAUGUUUUGCAAGACUGUUAUCCUGAGCGGUUGGGGCUAGCAAUCCUUUACAAUCCUCCUAGGAUAUUUGAAUCAUUCUGGAAGAUAGUGAAGCCUUUCCUGGACCAUGAGACCCGCAAGAAGGUGAAGUUUGUGUACUCGAACGACAAGGAGAGCCAGAAGAUAAUGGCAGAGGUCUUUGACAUGGAGGAGCUCGACUCGGCAUUCGGGGGGAAGAAUCCAGCUACAUUCGAGUACAACAGCUAUGCAGAGCGAAUGCAGGAGGACGACAAGAAGAUGGGAUCUUUGCACAGCUCAACUGAUAGCUUCCUUGAAUCAUCUGAGAAGGAGGCUAAUGGCGCAGACUCUGAUGCCUCGAGCGAGGCCUCCUUCUACAGUGGAACUGACUCUCCGAGACUUGACGAUGAACACAGCACCCCGAAGAACAGCUGAGCUGGACUGCUUUGGCUGCUCGAGCUGAGAGAUGGUCUAGGUCGACAACUCGACAUACAGUUAUCUAACUGGAGCUAUUGUCUGGACCGAUGGGGGCACCAGUUUACAAGCUGGUCAGAUCACGCUGUCGGGUCUAGAAGGGAUGUAUGUUUGCUGCCCAUGAUAAUAUAGAGAAUUUGGAAGAGUUUGGACCAUCAGUGGCGUUGUACUAGAUGAAUUUCUCAAUAAGAUUGGACUUCUUCGAGCCAUUUGUUUGGUUACU